GCGACGAGCCCGGGCGAGAGCGAGGCGCAUUGACGUCAUGGCGGGCGGGGCCCGUCCGGCCGGUCGGUUUCCGGUGCCGCCGCUGCAGCGAGGCCGCGGCCGGGCCGGGACGGGCGGGGGGUCCCGGCGGAGCCGCCGCAGCUGAUCCCGGGAUCAACAUAUCUUACUGCAUAUAAAUAAGCUGUUGCCACACUCCCUGUACCAGCCAUGGCAGCUUCCAGCAGCAGCAGCAGCGAGGAGGAGCGGAGCCUUCGGGAGUGUGAGCUUUACAUCCAAAAACACAACAUCCAGCAGCUGCUGAAGGAUUGCAUUGUGCAGUUAUGCACAGUGAGACCUGAACGGCCCAUGGGAUUCAUCAGGGAGUACUUUGAGAGAUUGGAGAAGGAGGAAACAAAGCAGUUGUUGAAUCAGCUGAAGUCUGGUUCUCGCUCCGACUCCCGGGAGGACGAGAUCUCCCCUCCUCCCCCCCUCAACCCCGUGGUUAAAUACCGAUCACGACGUGGGGCCAUCAGUGCAGAAGUCUACACAGAAGAGGAUGCUGCCUCUUAUGUUAGAAAGGUUAUUCCAAAAGAUUAUAAAACCAUGGCUGCUUUGGCAAAAGCAAUUGAGAAGAAUGUGCUCUUUACCCAUCUUGAUGAUAAUGAGAGGAGUGACAUCUUCGAUGCGAUGUUCCCCGUCACUUACAUCGCAGGAGAGACUGUCAUCCAGCAAGGUGAUGAAGGUGAUAACUUCUAUGUUGUUGAUCAAGGAGAAAUGGAUGUUUACGUGAACAGUGAGUGGGCCACCAGUGUGGGUGAGGGAGGGAGCUUUGGAGAGCUCGCCCUCAUCUACGGCACCCCCCGAGCUGCCACCGUCAAAGCCAAGACCAACGUCAAGUUGUGGGGCAUUGACAGGGACAGCUACAGAAGGAUCCUGAUGGGAAAUACUUUGAGAAAGAGAAAUAUGUAUGAGAAAUUCCUUAGUAAAGUAUCUAUAUUGGAGUCUCUGGACAAGUGGGAGCGUCUCACUGUGGCCGAUGCCUUGGAACCGGUACAAUUUGAGGAUGGGCAGAAGAUUGUGGUCCAGGGAGAGCCAGGAGAUGAGUUCUUCAUUAUCUUGGAGGGCACAGCUGCAGUGUUACAGCGCCGGUCAGAAAAUGAGGAAUUUGUUGAAGUGGGCAGACUGGGACCUUCUGAUUACUUUGGUGAGAUUGCUCUGCUGAUGAACCGUCCUCGUGCUGCCACCGUGGUGGCUCGUGGCCCCUUGAAAUGUGUGAAGCUGGACCGGCCCCGGUUCGAGCGCGUGCUGGGCCCCUGCUCGGAUAUCCUCAAGAGGAACAUCCAGCAGUACAACAGUUUUGUAUCACUGUCUGUCUGAAACCUUCCUCCCUGUCCAAGCCAUGCUUCACGAAUGCAGACUGCUUCCUUCCCCUUGUGCAGAGCCACAUCGCCACUGGCAUUUGCAGCUUCCUGUCCGGUUAAAAAAAAGAAAAAGAAAAAAAAAAGAAAAAAAGGAAAAAAAAAAAAAAGGAAAAAAAAUAAACUGCUUAUCAUGGCACUGUCAUUAAUUUAGAGCAUAUUAUUUCUGUGCUCUCUGUCCCAUUAAAUUAAUAGAAAAAGUUCAGUGGGGACGUUUGCUUCUCUCUGUGCACCAGUGUCCAACUCAGGCCAGUGCUCAGCGAGGAAGAGACCUCCUGGCACCACGCCAUUGCCAUAGAGUGAGGAGGUGACAGUAAAGGGGGGAAAAAAGUUCUUUUAAAAGUGUUUCUCAAAUUAUUGGACAGAUUUUAAGGCUGUGGUCAUUACCUGCUGUAUUUCUUUUCACAUGAGAGCUACCCUUGUAAUUGAGCUUCUCGGGGCUUGGGGUUUUCUGGGUUUCGUUUUCAUUUUCUGGGUACUGUAAUCCUAGGUUCAAUCGUGAGGCAUCAGCUGCUAAGAAAGCCACAGUUGGAAUUUACCAGUAUAAUUGUUCCUGUGUCUGCUGGUUUAAGAUUGCUUAGUUCUGUUCUUGUCAAGUGUAAAUCAAAAGCUUUCCAGGUUAAUAGUUCUGGUGAACUACUUCAGCUGUUGAUCCAUUUGCUGACUUGCUGCAACUGAUCUUUUCCACUUGUUCUUUCUCCAGCCAUAGAUUUGCCAUUUAAAACUCUUCCUGUUCCAAGUGGCAAGAACCAAAUGCUCCAUGAAAUGCCUGACUGUGGUCUCUAGUGCAUAGAUUGGUGUAAGAAUGGUGCAGCUGUCCAGCUGUUAGUACUGUUUGAGUGCUUAGAUUGGUGUAGAAGUCGAAAGCAAAUAUUUGAUUUUCCCUGUGAAUUGUUUUGUUAAUCCUCAGUUGACUUUUAAAAAAUCGCCAUCAGUUCAAGUGACCCUUUGUCACCAGGGAAAAUAAAUGCUGAGUGUUUUGGCCAGUAUCAGUUGCAGGUGACAAGAUUGCUGGUCUGUAGAGCUCCAUUAUUCUUCUUAGUAGAGAAUGAGAGGCAAAAAACCUGAAUGUUUGAACUUUCCUGCAACACUCAGUUGUUUUAAGUUUUUCGAGCUGUCAGUUCAUCAUUUUAAAAAUGGUUCACUAUAAAUCUAGCUCAAAGCCAAAAGGUGAAUUCUCUUUUCUUGCUUAUGGAAUUUCCACCACACUUACUUAAUCCUUUUUUUCCCCCCAAGUUCAAUCUGUUGCGGAGUCUUAAAUGUAUUUCAGUAUUUCCCAGCUUUGUGUUCCAUUACUCUGUGCUCACCAAGACUUCCCAAAAGUUUUUACUGAAUUCCACGGUUCAAUAAUUGUAGGCAAUUUUUAAGGUUUCCUUUAAACUGUAAUUUAUAUCAAGUAGCAUAGGUUUGUAUUUGGGAGUGACAGCAAGCAGUUUGGCAUUUGUUGUGCAACUACUUUAACGAUGGAGCCCUCGUUUUGUUUCCUUUCUGAGGUGGAGUGGAUGCAAAUCCAAUGUUUUCCCAGGCAUGGAGAGAAUCAGGAAGAAUCUGCUAAUUCAUGCAGAAUAAUACUGAAGGUAUCAAGCCUUUACAAAAGGUUUCAGGGUAUUUCUGAAACUGAAAUCCCAGGAAGGGGAUUGAAAUGCUUGUGGUUUGAGUUCUCUAUUCAAGAGAUUUUGAAUAGGGGAUUUCUGCCAGAGUCCUUAAGGAAUAAGCAAAUGCUACCUUUUUUUGUUUUUUGGGGUUUUUUUUCCCUCUUUUUUUUUUUUUUUUGGUAAUACUUUUUUCUUAAGUUUUGACUCUGCAGGUUUUUUUCUUCAUAUGUGUUUUGUGUUACAUUAAAGCACCAAAAACUGUGUAAACCAGUUAGAGCUCCACAAAAAAAAAAUGCACAUUUUUUUUUAUAUAAGGCUUUCUAAUCAAGUUUCACUACUGCAUCUUUUUAGCUUGCUGUUUACUCCCUUUUGUAGUUUUACCUACAAGAUUUUAAGAUAAAUCAGCUAAGUCUGAGUUAAAUAUUAAACACAGUUAUAGCUUUACCUUUGUGUGCAAUUUCAAUAUGUUUGAAACCACGAUUGGCAUAGUUUUGCCUUAGCUAACAUUCAGGGCUUUAGAAGUAAUUUUUUGCAAGUCUAUCUUCAGCAAAUUGAUGAAGUCUAUUGCCCUAGGAAGCUAUAGUCAACCAGAGGACCAUUUUUGUAUUGUUACCUGACUCUAUAAGUCUGAUUUACUGUAUGUGCUAAUAUAUUAUAUUAUAUUCCUUUUGUUAUAGAUUGUCCUAAUGGCAGGUAAAGCAAUAAAAUGAUUUAAAUUCUUAAAUGCAA